AUGGCCGUGAAGCGGCUAUGCAGCAUCCUGCUUGUCGUAAGCUUGGCCUUGGUGGCUCGUGCGACUUGCCCGGCGAUUUGCACAGCAACCUCAAACAACGCUGCCUGGCCAUGCCGCUAUCAUAGCAACGGAUGUCAGGUGGGUGGUGCUCAAGAUGUUCCCACAUUAGCCAGGACUCCACAUCCCUUUGCGAUUCCUUUGCAUGUUAAGGGUAGUCCUGUGUUGCGAGAUCCCGAGGUGACAGUAGCGGCCAACCCUGCACGGGUUGGUGCCGCAGACGUUAAUGUUGCGGUGAUUAGCCCAUAUAGUGGCGGCCUAGGGGAGCUGAUGACAAUGGUUGAGCCUGCGAUUGCAGCGGCGGCACAGGACGUUGAGAACAGCAACUUUCUACCCGGAUUUCGGAUGAACCUUUUCCUGGGCGACUCCAAGUGCUCAGUGCCCGGUGCCACACAGGCGACCAUAGAGGCCCUGGCAAGAAGCCCCACGAAGCAUGCCGUUCUGGCUGACUCCUGCAGCGCAGCAUGCGAGGCGAUGAAUGACGCCACUCAGUUUUUCAAUGUCCUGCAGGUCUCGCCCGGAUGUAUCUCGGAAAGCCUGAGUGACUCCACGCGCUUUCCGUAUUUCACACGCAUGGCUCCGUCUUACCGCUUCAAUGUCCAGACGCUCUACGAGUUCACAAAGCUCAUGAGCUUUCAGCGAGUCGGGAUUGUUGUUGGAUAUCGGAGCAUCAACACACUCGGCGUAAACUACCUUUCGGGACUCAUGCGAGACGACGUGGCGGCAGGUCGUUACAACUGGACAGUGUUGUUCACGGUGCAAAUCACAAGCGCAGGCAACAUUGCGGAUGCCCAGAGUGCCGCUGAGGAGAUAGAGCGCAAGGACUCCCGAAUAAACAUCGUGGCAUUGUACCAGACCGAGGGGGCGAUGUUUUUGUGCCAAACCCACGGCCGAAAUCUUUUUUCGCCAUUCUACAGCUUCAUGAUAGUUUCCGGAUGGUGGAACCCUGGCUUCAUCUUAGAGAGGUCAGGCGCAAGUGACUGCCCCUGCACGGUCACCGAGCUGCACCGUGCUGCAUAUGGGGUCAUUGCAGCUGACCGCGGGCCCAUGUUGAACACGCAAGAUGUACAUGGCCUGUCCGGUCGUCGCUUUGCGGACAUUUACGGCAAUUACACAGAGGAGUGCUUGAGCUUUGGGAACGGGACAGGAGUUUGCAAUCAUCAGUGGGCCGGAUAUUUCUACGACGGUGUCUGGUUGAUUGCCAGCAUCCUUCACACCUACUUGGUGGAAGAGAACAGGUCGGUCGCCGACCUGGCUACACCUGCAGCCCGGCAAGCUCUGGAAGCUCUUUCGCUUCAGGUGGAUUUUGCGGGCACCACUGGACGGGUGCGGCAGUUCAGCAGCCCAGAUUUAGAGGGAGAUCGAGAUGGGGUCAUCCUGCUUCGCCAAGCAGGAGGGCCUCCUGAAGACACCUUCAACCACCUGGCCUACCGCACAGACACAGGAAUCCUCUUCCAAACGGAUGUGGUAUGGAGUCCCGACCCAGCCCACCGCAUCAGCUGCGGCAGUGGCACUUGUGACCUCGUCAAUGGUUUUCGGCCGGCAGAUCGCAGCAGCAGCUGUCCAGAUGGCAGGGUUUGGAUCAAUGAGCACGGCUGCUCAGAGUGUCCACAAGGGGAGUGCCUUGGAGCUUAUAUAAGUUGUUUUGUGUUGUGCUCGCACACAUUCUGGCGUUUUGGAAGGUUUGCUUCCAGCGGGAUGGCCCAGUGUGAGCCUUGCAGCAUUGGCUCUUUUGCUAGCGCAACGGGAUCUGCAAGCUGCCAGUUGCUGGGCCGGAAGUCAGAGUUCAGGCAAUUCCACUCUGACUUAAGCCCGAAGUUUCAGAGGUUAAGCCCUGAUUUGGCAGCCAUGCUGCAAUGCUUCUAG